AAUGUUCUUCCUCCAGCCCUAUGUGAUUGAAGGGCGAAAGCGGGAAUCUCGAGCCACCGCUGUGUUCAUCAGCUGGGCAGGAUAGCACACGGACACGGGUAGGAAAUCUCGCGUCAUCUUCCUUCAAAAUUCCUUGGCACAGGGCAAGGAGCUGUGGUGUGGUGGCCUAGUGCAACAUUCAGAGGUGCACCAUGCAACUGGUCCUCCCCGUCAGGAGGUACCUCACCAACAGACACAUCACCGUCCCUGAGGACUGGCUCACUGCAUGCAUUGACUGGGUUCUCUCCGAGUAUUCACAAAACAAGGUUCCAUUUAUACAAGAGCAAGUGUACCAGGAGUGGCUACAUGCAGACCUCACAGAGCUGGGAACAUGCUGUCUUCCACCUCAAAUACAAGACCAUUUAUCCACCACUAUUUCUGGAUACUUCCCAUUACAGAUGAACUCAGUACGUGACAUAAGUGAGCCAGCUUACGCUCAGCUUCUGAAGGUAGAGGGUACAGACAAUGAAAAUACUACAGUUUCUGCUACACAGAGCCACAUGUCACAGACACAGGCAGCACGAGAAAAGGCUGACAGGAUGCUGAUACUUGAGCUGACUGAUGGCACUACAGUGGUGGAGGGAAUGGAAUACCGGCCUACGCCAAAUCUUAGUGUCAAUCUUAGCCCGGGCACAAAGGUACUGGUGUAUGGGACUAUUAAGGUUCGGCGUGGGAUAUUGUUCCUCACCCAGCAAAACAUAACUGUCCUUGGUGGUAAAGUGAUGGACCUCCUUGAAAAGAAUGACCAAAGGAACACUCUCAUUACAGCUUUAAAUACGCAAGACAUUGACUCGCAAGAACAACCAAGAAGAUACACCUCUAACAACACCCAGCCAGGCACCAACACUGGUAUAGCAGGAGCAAGGUCUUACAGCAACAGUGGAGCCAGUGCAGCACUGCCCACCACCAAUGAAGAUGAAGAGAUUGACUUUUUUGAUGAUGAAAUCUUUGAGAGUGGAUUUGACCAAGACAUGGCACUUGAAAAUGAGUUGGUGCAAGAUUCAGCAGAUAAUCAUGAAUUUACUGAAGAGUUGAAUCUUGAAAAUGAAUUUGAUGAAGACUUGGAUGAGUUCAUGUCACAGAUGUGAACCACAACACAGGCUCCUUCUGUUAUUACUCCUUAGGAUACUACUUUACCUCAUGGAUACAUUCAACAUUUAUAUACAGAUCAAAUAUUUAUACACCAUCUGUGGUUACUACUAUAUUACCUAUUUGGUACCUGAUAGGAAAUUUACUUAGUUUUAAAAUAAAGAAUUUGAUGUAAAGUUA